AUGAAGUCCAACUACAAGUUCUCGAACCUUUGCGGGACUGUAUAUCGUCAGGGGAACAUCCUAUUCACUCCGGAUGGCAACUCUGUACUUAGCCCUGUAGGGAAUCGGGUAUCCGUGUUUGAUUUGGUCAACAACAAGUCAUUCACGUUCCCAUUCGAAAACCGGAAGAACAUCGCAGUCAUCGCUUUGAGCCCCGAUGCCAAUGUGUUGAUCAGUGUGGACGAAGACGGCCGGGCAUUGCUUGUCAAUUUCCGCAGAGGUGUCGUCCUUCAUCACUUCAAUUUCCACAAACCUGUCAAGGCCAUCAAAUUCUCUCCUGAUGGCAAGUACAUCGCUGCCACGCACGACACUCAUGUCCAAGUCUGGCGCACUCCCAAUCAUCUUGUUCGUGAAUUUGCUCCCUUUGUAUUGCAUAGGACAUAUACAGGGCAUCACGACGAAGUGUUGAGCAUCGAGUGGUCACCGGAUUCAAAAUGCUUCAUCUCGACGAGUCGAGAUAUGACCGCACGAUUGUUCACCUUGGAUCCGGUCCAGGGAUUCCGCCCAAAGACAUUUGCAGGCCAUAAGGACGCGGUCUUGAAUGCCUAUUUCUCCACUGACGCAAAAACAAUAUACACUGUGGCCCGUGAUGGCGCUGUGUUCACAUGGAAAGCCAAAAUUCCUGAGGCUGGCUCAUCCGACAGCGACUCAGACUUGGACGAGUCAGUUGCGUCAACUUCGACUGACAAUCUUGUAGCUCAAACGCGUUGGGGCGUACAUAAACGUAACUACUUCAAUCAAGCCGGCACGAAAGCGGUCUGCAGCACUUUCCAUCGUAGAUCCAACCUCCUCAUUGUUGGCUUCUCGACGGGCAUUUUCGGGCUGUGGGAAAUGCCUGCUUUCACAAACGUCCAUACCCUCAGUAUCUCUCAGGAAAAAAUCUCGUCCGUUGCCGUCAAUCCUUCCGGCGAAUGGCUCGCGUUCGGCGCGCGCAAGCUUGGACAAUUGCUCGUGUGGGAGUGGCAGUCAGAGUCGUAUGUUCUCAAACAGCAAGGUCAUUAUUUCGAUAUGAAUGCGCUCGCGUAUUCUCCAGACGGACAAUACGUCGCUACGGGAGGUGACGACGGCAAGGUCAAGCUAUGGAAUACGCACUCUGGGUUCUGUGUUAUUACCUUUUCGCAGCACACCUCUUCCGUUUCAUCUGUUCAAUUCGCUGCCCAAGGUCAAGUGUUGUUCUCCGCGUCCCUUGAUGGCACUGUCCGCGCCUUUGACCUUGUUCGGUAUCGCAAUUUCCGUACAUUCACGUCGCCCUCUCCAGUACAGUUUUCGUGUCUCGCAGUCGAUCCCAGCGGCGAAGUUGUGGCAGCGGGUUCGACUGACUCCUUCGAGGUGUUCCUAUGGUCUGUACAGACAGGGAAACUCUUAGAUGUCCUCGCGGGUCAUGAAGGUCCUAUAAGUACAUUGGCAUUCUCCCCGACUACGAACGUCUUGGCCAGCGGAUCUUGGGACAAGACCGUUCGAGUGUGGAACGUAUUCGGGCGUUCUCAUGCGGUGGAGCCAUUCCAGCUUAGCACAGAUGUCCUCUCAUUGGGCUUCCGUCCUGAUGGUCAAGAACUUGUGGUAUCGACACUAGAUGGACAACUCACCUUCUUCUCCACCAACAUCUCCCAACAGACGAACGUCAUCGAAGGGAGGAAGGACAUUGCUGGUGGGCGCAAAGCCGAUGACCGAGUAGCUGCUAUCAACAAUGCGUCGGGGAAGGCCUUCACCAGUGUGGCAUACAGUGCAGAUGGCUUGUGUGUCCUCGCGGGCGGGAACAGCAAAUACGUGGUCCUUUAUGACGCCCGCGAAGGUGUCCUUAUUCGACGAUGGCAGAUCUCCGACAAUCUUUCACUCGAUGGGACCGAGGAAUUCUUGGACAGCAGACGCGUGACGGAAGCAGGGAAUCUAGACCUGAUCGAUGACAGAGGCGAUGAGAGCGACCUUGCGGAUCGAAUGGACGUGAGUUUGCCUGGGGCGCAGAGAGGCGACAUGUCAAAACGGCGGUACAAGCAGGAGGCACGGACCAAGUGCGUUCGCUUCGCGCCGACGGGUCGCGCGUGGGCGGCCGCGUCGACCGAAGGGCUGCUCAUCUAUUCUGUAGAUGACGCGAUGGCCUUUGAUCCCUUCGACCUGACGAUGGAGUUGACGCCGCAGUCUGUGUUGGCGACGUUACAGGAGCGCUCGUACCUGCAAGCGCUCGUGAUGGCUUUCCGACUGAAUGAAAAGGCUGCCAUCCAUAGGGUAUACGAGGGCGUGCCCUACGAUGAAAUACGGCUGGUCGCGCGGCAGUUGCCGACGCUAUAUAUCGCCAAACUGUUGAGUGUGGCAGCAGAGCGACUGGAAAAUGGAGUCAGGCUGGAGUGGGGACUGCGUUGGGUCAAGGAGGUGCUUGCAGUGCAUGGGCGGUGGAUCAGAGAAAGGGGAGUAGAGCUGGCGAGCGUCCUGAGGGAAGUCAAAAGGGCGGUAGGCGGGUUCGAAGACGCGGUUGCGAAACUGUGCGACGAGAACACGGCGACGCUAGAGUUUUUGAUCGACCAGUCGAAGGUGAGGGAACAAGCGGACGCGAGGAUGGUUGUCGAUUGA